AUGGCCCUUACAACUGCGACGACCUCGAUUCAACGUUCAUCAAACGUCACUUCUAUCAAUUCAUUCUGUGAAGCUGCAUGCAUGUUCGUAGGGGAUGCCCUGCCUCGACAAGUAUACCUCAAUCUUUUGUUGAGGUUGCUUGCGAUAUAUUUUGCGCGCUAUGCGCUGUUUGAGGAUGCGGAGGCGGAGUGGGUCGCGCAGUGCGGCGAAUGGGCGGGGGUGUUCUCAGGUGAACGUCACUAUUACCCCCCGGCGCCUCUUACAUACCAAGAACACUCCAUCACUGGAAUGGAUUUCGAACCCGUCCUCGCGACGACUUUAACAAACAGCUCAGAUCCAGAGGUGGAGGCGGUCGGGCAGGUCGGGCAGAUUGUGAACACAGCAAAAGGCAGCAGGCCAAUCAUGGCUCGAGAACAGCGUCGAACGUCAGGUGCCAGUCCAGAAUUCUCUACAAAGGUCAGACCCUCCGACUCCGACAAGUUCUCCGCUCCCCCUGCGUCUCCCAUAUACACCACUGGCACGAUAACGUCGACGGGGCUUACGAAUUUUGGUAUUACGACGAUUUGUGCGAAACACGGGUCGUUUUCGGCAAAUAACUCCAAUUCUCAGUCUAGCUUGAAUACCCCACUGAAUCUUAAUCAUGCGGUGGGGGAUGGAAGCUUGAAUACGGAGACGAACAGUAUGUCUGUUGCUGAUGGAGGGAUGCCCAGGGGAGUUUCCUCUGAUACUACCGGUGGCAGUGGGUCGUUGACUACUACGCAAAGCGUCGGUCAAGUGUUCUUUCGGCUUCAAGCAAGAGGGAGCAACCCCAUGCCAUCUAGUCCCGCGCCUGGUACAUCAGACUGUCACGAUCCAAACCCAAACCCGCAAACAGGGCCAAAUACAAACAUUAACUUGCCUUUCAGAUUCCCCCCUCCCUCCCACUCCCCCUCCCGGUCGCGCACGGCUUCCUUUUUACCAGAAGAGUGGCGUCACCCUUCCUCUUUCUCGCCUCUAGAUGUCGACCUCGAGACUGGCGCCGGCCCAGGCUUAGACGCAAUUUCAGGCCCAGGGACCUCCCCCUCCCCCUCCUUCAAUUCAUCGUCAAACGGCUCCUACAACCCCAAUUUGAAGUUCAUCAACGUCACCUCUAUCAAGUCAUUCUGUGAAGCUGCACGUCUGUUCUUGAGCAAUACCCUUCCCAGACUGGUAUACCACAAUUUUUUGCUGCUGAGGUUCCCUGCGAUGUAUUCUUCGAGGGCUGCGAUGUAUUCUUUGAGGGCUGCGAGGAUGGUUGAGUUGGACUUGAAUUCUCAGGGUGGAGGUGGGGCUGGAGUUAACUCUGCCAAUGGGGCGCCUUUUCAUGGUGGUUCUGGAAGAUGGGUGUCUGGGUUUAGUGGACACCAAGGGACAUCAGGGGUGCUGGGUGCGGCAGCGAAUGGAUUUGAUUAUUGGGAGGCGUUUAUAAAUUCGUUAUUGAAAGAGUGGAAGACAUUGAAUCUUGUUUCUGCUUUAUUGAUUCCGACCCUUCUGGCAAUCUUGCAAAUCCCUGAAGCAGCCGACGACCUGAUUACGAGGAGCACUGCGCUGCUCUCGUUGAUAUGUGCUCUGAUGAGUCUUUCGUAUGGGUGUAUAUACAUUGUGAGGUUUGGGACUAUGAGGAGAAGCAAGGAGGACAAAUACUGCGAUAUGGUGGAAUGUUUGGAUGUUACUGGCGAUGCCGGCGGUGUCGAUGGCUUGGUAAUCUUUACCUUUACCCUCCUUGCUGACCCUCGCCCUCAUGCUUUCUUCCUUUCCCCACAGGUCAAUGCUCUUCUUCAUUACAUUCAUCCUCUCAUUCAUUUGGCUUACCGGAUCAGGCAACGAUCCUUCCUCCCGUGCACCGUCAAGCGCAACAGCAGUUUUGGGUACACGGGUGGCUAUCACGGGGGUGUUGGUGCUUGGGUUGGUGUAUUUGGCGAUGAUACUGAAUACGUUGAUGAAGGAAUGGGGUGA